AUAAGCCAAUAAGGUAACAGAAGAAAAACAUAGUAAGCAGAAUCGGAAAAUGACGUGGGCCGCCGCCGCAGCAAGUCGCUUCCAAAUUCCGGCAAUGGAUGUCGCCGCCCUACGCAGCCGAGCUCCGGUAGUGUUCGGAGUUGGCUGUGUGUCACUUGCUGGGGCAAAGUUCUGUGGUUCUUCAUCAGCUCGAUCAAAGCCCUUCGCUUGCUUAAGCAUUUCCACUGAUGCCAGUAUAAAGGAGGCUGUUCACACUGAAAAGGCUCCGGCAGCACUGGGGCCAUACUCUCAAGCCAUCAAAGCUAAUAACUUUGUUUUCGUCUCUGGAUGUCUGGGUCUUAUUCCAGAGACCGGGAAAUUUGUCUCAGAAAGUGUGGAGGAUCAAACAGAGCAGGUUCUCAAGAAUAUGGGGGAGAUACUUAAAGCAAGUGGCGUUAGCUACUCCUCAGUUGUUAAGACAACUAUAUUGUUAGCUGAUCUGAAUGACUUCAAGAAAGUGAAUGAGAUUUAUGCUAAAUAUUUUCAAGCUCCUGCACCAGCUCGGGCAACUUAUCAGGUUGCAGCACUGCCAAUGAAUGCAAGGAUUGAAAUCGAGUGCAUAGCAGCAUUAUGAUUCUAUCUUACCUAUUCGUUCAACAACUUAUUAGACCUCGAAAGGUGAAAGUUUGUUGACUUCCUAGCCUACAUUCCUAGAUUUAAUAAACCGGGAGUUAGCUACUAGUUCAGGAGCUCUUGUCUACCUUCUUUUAGCUCCAACUUCCCGGAGCUGAGAAUAAACUUUAUUUAAGAAUGUAUUGUAACUCAGCGGCCAUGAGAGGAUUACAUGCGAUUGUGCUACUCUAUUGUGAAGAACAAACUUGGUGAUAUUUUGGCCCUACUGUGUAUCCUGUUUAGUCUUUCCUCA